AUGGAGCUCUUGCGCCACAGUCUGCCGUCAGAUGUGUAUUCUGAAAUUCGAGGGGCAAUGCCACCUGUGGACGAAUGGAAAUCCUUUCGUUUUGGUCCAGAUAUGACGUCUGCUGCAACCAUGGCAGAAGUCAUUCACCCUGUCGAUAGACCUUUACAUGCUCAUACAGAUUCCAAUGGGAUCCUUUUGGAAGACGGAAAAGAACCGGCUUUUGGAAAUGGGGAGGUAUUGGAACUUAGCGAUUGUUCUGUUGGGCAUCUUGCACAACACACAUUCUGCCGAAUACUGCACGAUGCUGCUGCAGAGAACUGUCAAAGCAAUAGUCAAAAUAGCAAUCUCUUGUACAGUGAUGAGGUCACUCACGCCGACUGGCAAACCGACGAUGGUUCAUGGAGGAUUCGCACAAAACAAGGAAAAGAGUUUCAUACUCCUGUUGUCCUUGCCGCCGAUGGUGCCAAAUCUUGGUGGCGGAACCUUCUUAACAUUCCGAUGCAUGGGGAAACAACAAUCCAGCAUUUGAUCAACGUCCACUUUACAUUAACCUCGGAAGAAGAUCCUUUUCCACCAGCCAUGUUGUACACCAUAUUCUCUCCACAAGUUCUGGCCAUGGUCGUACGACAUUCACCCAAGGAGUAUGUAAUGCAGAUUCCAUAUUUCCAUCCCUAUCAGACAUUGAAAGAGAAUUUUACUGCGUCAAAGGUGCAUGAGAUGGUGACAGCAGCCAUGGGAGGCUCCCAUGAUUUCGAAAUUCAAAGUAUCGGACCGUGGAGCAUGGGGUCGUUGGUUGCGGAGGAGUACUUUCGACAGAACGUUUUCUUGGUGGGUGAUGCUGCGCAUGUUUUUCCACCUGCCGGUGGCUUUGGAAUGAAUACUGGACUUCAGGAUGCACACAAUCUAGCUUGGAGAUUGGCACUCAAGAAGCACCAAGACGGCAACACCAGCAAUAAUUUGAAGAAGAUUGGCCAAUCCUAUCAGAACGAACGCCAAGAGGUUGCUAGUCGGAAUGCUGCCCUUAGUGUGCGGAACUAUGAGAGAGUAUUGGAUGUGAUGAAUUCCUGCUAUCUGAAUCACCAACACCCAAAGGUACUCAUUCAAGGGCUAGAUGCAUCUUCUUUCUUUGUUCCCAUGCAAGUCCGACAAAAAACGUUUCAAAUGGCACUAGAGACUGCACUGUGGCCAUUGGGCCAACUUAAGAGUUCAUUCGAUGGAGUUUUCUCGCGACAUGUGACGAAGAACCUUCGAUCUCUUCUCAAGUUGGGACAGGGGCUGCCGCUUCUUUUCCCCAACCACGAGAUUGGAUUUCGAUAUGGUGACCCUGAAGAAGCUUUGAUCGAUGAAACCAGUGACACUUUGGCCAAUCUACCGAAGAUCGCCAUAGGAGGAUUAUUCCCGCAUAUGCCUGUUGUGGUCGAUGGAAGUGCAAAGUCAGCAUUCCCUAGGCUCUGCGAACUUGGAGAAAAUACUAUUACAACAAGGGAUUUGCCAGCACAACUAGCAAAUGAUGAAUGCCCGUGCCCCUUUUGCCUCGUUCGCAUAUCAUCCUCUUCGAGUGGAGAAGGAAUUCAAGCGGAAGAUUUGCUGACAGUAUUACAAAGCGAGCUAGGAAUUUACAUUCGCCAAGUCAAUUUGAAAGUGGCAAUCGGCGAAUCAAUAGAAUGCAGUACUUCUGAAAGAACUUGCUUGAAUCUACACUUGAAGGAAAACGAUUGGUAUGGUUUGGGCGAUAACGAGAAAGAAACAUGGGUGAUGAUUCGACCUGAUGGGCAUAUUGCUAGUAUCAUGCACAAAGGCGACAAUUUCACUGAGUUGGUGGAGCAGCUCAUUACUGAAACACAACAGCAUAUAUGA